AUGGAGAUUCUCAUCGAAUCUGGAGCUUCAAUCCAUGCUGAAUUAGUGGUGACCUAUGAAAACAAGUCGCAAGUCACGUGGCGUCAGUUGAAGGCAGACACUCCUGAAUUUUUGACUUUCGAUGGAUUCAAUAUAUCACGUCGACUCUUGAAUAUUACGAUUCACGACAACGUAACUUCCAGUUCAUUGAUUUUCGUUCCCAAUAAAAACCACGACUACGCCAUCAACGAUUUGCCACCACCUUUCGUUGGUUUUCAGAUGAAAUUUGGAUGCGCCAAAAAUGGGUACGGAGCAAUUUGUGAGAGACAAUGCACGACAAACGAAACUAACAAGAGGUGUAAUGAACAUGGAAUGCUGACUUGUUCCGCUGGACACUGUGGAGCCGAUUGUGAAAAAUCCGGCACGCAAUGCUCCUUUCUCUUCAAAUGCAAUUGCAAAAAUGAUGGAAGAUGUUACGUAUUUCGACCCAGAAGCUCAGAUGAAUUGGCAGUUUGCGAGUGCCCACCAGGUUACUUUGGCUACUAUUGCGAACGUUUCAAACAGUUUGACAAAAAUUUGACUUUUUCGACGAAUUUCGGCAAAAAUUUGAUGGUUCCGAACAAGUUUUCGAAUCUAACCGAAACGUGUAAACUAUUCGAAAAAUACGAAGGAAAAACUUGGGCAUCCGGACAUCAAGUCGCACAGAAAUAUCAAUCAUUUUGGAAAUUGACUGAGAUUUCAAUGUUGAUUUGGGUGGUGGGUAUUCUGGGUUACUGUAUCAUCGAAUGUUGUGGAAAAUCGGAAAAUAAGAAAGAGAAUUCGGAAACUUCCAAAGCGGAGAGGAAGAAGACGUCAGAAGAAGUUGAGAUAAAUAAUAUGUGA